AUGGUGUCGGAGAAGCAUGUGACUGUGGUCCAGCAUAUCCCGGCCGAUGCGUCUGAAGAGGCCGAACUGUCAUACCAGUUCACCAAGGAGGAACAUGUCCUCGGAUGGUGGGAUGCAAUGCGUCUGCAUUACCCCGCCAUUGGUUGGGGGAUUCUGAUGAACCUGGCAACGAUUCUCAAGGGUAUUGAUGGAGGCAUCGUGCGCAGCCUAGUCGGCCUUCCCAUCUUCAAGGAGAUUUACGGCUAUAACCACAAUGGAAAAUACAUUAUUGCUGCGCAGUGGCUUUCAGCAUUCAAUUACGCGAAUCUCCUGGGUGCCAUCAUCGGUGCUCUUUUGUCAGGGAUUGCUUAUGAACGGUUUGGGCCUCGGUGGAUGACUGCCGGUUGCUGCGUUCUGUCGAUCGCAUUCAUCUUCGUACAAUUUUUCAGCCACACACCGGCCCAGUUGUUUGUCGGCGAGCUGAUGAACGGCUGUAUUAUUGCCUUCUACCCCAUCUGUGCAUCGGCAUAUGUCGGCGAAGUCACUCCAUUGGUCUUGCGCGGUUUCGCUGCCACAAUCACCAACCUUGCUUUCUCUAUUGGUUCUCUCAUCGCGUCCGGUAUUCUCAAGGGCACCGAGUCUAUGGAUAGCAAGUGGUCAUACAAGAUCCCGAUCGCCACUCAAUGGGCUUUACCAUGUGUCAUGCUGGUCUUGGUACCACUGUGUCCCGAACCACCCUAUUGGCUGUGCCGCAAAGGCCGCUAUGAAGACGCGAGGACAUCGCUACGUCGGCUUGGAACACCUUCGGUGGAUGUGUCAAAGAAGCUUGCGCAUAUAAGGGAGACCCUUCGGUUGGAGGAAAGUCACCGGGGCGAAAAGCUUGGAUACCUCGACUGUUUCCGGGGAGCUAAUUUCCGCCGCCUGCUCAUCUGUGUCAUGGCAUACGAUAUGCAAGCCUUCGUUGGUAACGUGUUCUUUCUCAGCUAUGCCGUGCAUUUCAUGGAGCUGGCGGGCUUGAACUCCUCAGAUGCAUUUUCUAUGAACAUCGGUCUCACGGCACUCGGCUUGCUGGGGACAUGCAUCUCGUGGUUCCUGCUUUCGUUCGUCGGCCGGAGAACCAUGUACCUCUAUGGGUGCUCGAUGUUGGCCGUUUUACAACUGCUAAUCGGGGCGGUCGAUCUCGCUCCGCGACAGAAAUCAGCCACAUGGGUACAAUGCGGACUAAUGUUAGCCUGCACAUUCGUGUAUGACCUCAGCCUGGGCCCGUUUUGCUAUGUGUUGCUAGCGGAAGUUUCGUCGGCGAAGCUCCGAGGAUUCACGAUCGCAUUGUCCACCGUGACCUGCUUUGUCUGGUCUAUUGUUUUUGCUGUGGUGAUUCCAUAUGCAAUGAAUGAAGAUCAAGGAAACUGGCGCGGUAAGAUCGGAUUUGUAUUUUCUGGUCUGGCCAUGCUCUGUGCGAUGUAUUGUUUCUGGUUCAUGCCCGAGACUAAGGGACGGACGUUUGAGGAGCUGGAUAUUCUGUUUGAACGCAAGGUGCCAAGUCGCAAGUUCAAAUAUUUCAAGGUCAACAUUGAUGUCAGCGGGAGGCGCUUAGAAUGA